AUGGCACAGAUUGUAACAUUUUUUCAGAUGCUGUUAGUUCUGCUGCUUCAUGAUUAUGUCUCAGCUGAAGAUGGCGAAACAAGAGCAAGUUGCCGAACUGCUCCGGCAGAUUUAGUUUUUAUCUUGGAUGGCUCUUACAGUGUUGGCCCAGAAAACUUUGAAAUAAUCAAAAGUUGGCUUGUCAAUAUUACAAGAAAUUUUGACAUAGGGCCAAAGUUUAUUCAAGUUGGAGUUGUCCAGUACAGUGAUUACCCCGUACUUGAAAUUCCCCUCGGAACUCAUGAAUCCACUGAGAACCUCAUUAGGGAAAUGGAGUCCAUACACUAUCUGGGAGGAAAUACAAGAACAGGAAGAGCUAUUCAGUUUGCCUUUGACCAUCUUUUUGCAAAAUCUUCACGAUUUUUAACAAAAAUAGCAGUGGUUCUCACUGAUGGAAAGUCCCAAGAUGAAGUCAAAGAUGUAGCAGCAGAAGCAAGGAAAAAUAAGAUCACUUUGUUUGCAAUUGGUGUUGGCUCAGAAAUUGAGGAGGAUGAACUUAAAGCUAUUGCCAAUAAACCUUCAUCAACUUACGUAUUUUAUGUUGAAGACUAUAUUGCAAUAUCAAGAAUUAAAGAAGUUAUAAAACAGAAACUCUGUGAAGAAUCUGUUUGUCCAACAAGAAUUCCAGUGGCAGCUCGAGAUGAAAAAGGAUUUGACAUUCUUGUAGGAUUAGGUGUGAAGAAAAAAGUUAAAAAGAGAAUUCAAAUAUCAACCACUAAUGCAAAAGCUUAUGAAGUAACCUCACGUGUUGACCUCUCAGAAUUAACAAGGAAUGUGUUUCCAGAAGGUCUGCCUCCAUCCUAUGUGUUUGUUUCCACUCAAAGAUUUAAAGUAAAGAAGACAUGGGAUUUGUGGAGAAUCCUGAGUCUAGAUAAGAGACCACAGAUAGCCGUCACUGUUAAUGGAGAAGAGAAAACAUUAUCAUUCACUACAACAAGUUUAAUAAAUGGCACACAAGUUAUUACAUUUGCUGCACCUCAUGUAAAGACAUUGUUUGAUGAAGGCUGGCAUCAAAUUCGUCUCUUAGUAACAGAAGACUCUGUGACUUUGUAUAUAGAUGGCCAAGAAAUUGAAACAAAACCAUUACAUCCAGUUUUAGGUAUUUACAUCAGUGGCCUAACCCAAAUAGGAAAGUAUUCUGGAAAGGAGGAAACGGUACAGUUUGAUUUACAAAAACUGCGAAUCUACUGUGACCCAGAGCAAAAUAAUCGAGAAACAGUCUGUGAGAUCCCAGGAUUUAAUGGAGAGUGCAUGAAUGGUCCCAGUGACGUAGGCUCAACACCCGCCCCCUGCAUAUGCCCACCAGGAAAGCAAGGACCUCCAGGCCCCAAAGGUGACCCUGGGCAGCCUGGGAAUCAUGGUUAUCCUGGUCUGCCUGGUCCAGAUGGUAAGCCUGGAUACCAGGGAUCAGCAGGAACUCCAGGUAUCCCAGGAACUCCAGGGAUUCAAGGACCUCGUGGCUUGCCAGGUAUCAAGGGAGAACCAGGAAAAGAUGGGGCAAAGGGUGACAGUGGACUACCUGGUUUUCCUGGAUUACAUGGGAUGCCAGCACCAAAGGGAGAAAGAGGUCCUAAAGGAGAUCAAGGAGUGCCAGGAAUAUAUGGAAAAAAGGGUUCAAAAGGAGAGAAGGGUGAUACAGGGUUGCCAGGACUGCCUGGGCGAACUGGAGACCCUGGCAGAAAUGGGAAAGAUGGAUUACCAGGCAGUCCUGGAUUCAAGGGAGAAGUUGGGCAGCCUGGAUCUCCAGGCCUAGAAGGGCAUCGAGGAGAGCCUGGAAUUCCUGGAAUUCCUGGAAAUCAAGGAGCAAAAGGACAAAAGGGUGAAAUUGGACCGCCAGGUCAACCGGGAGCAAAAGGGUCACCAGGAGAUACUGGUUUGAUGGGACCCGAAGGUUCACUUGGUCUACCUGGAGCUCCUGGGCCUAAGGGUGAUAAAGGUGAACCAGGAAUACAGGGAAAACCAGGAUCAUCAGGAGCCAAGGGAGAUCUAGGAGUACCAGGGGCUCCAGGUGAACCAGGAUACCCAGGCAUUCCUGGUACCCAGGGAUUAAAGGGGGAGAAAGGAAACCAAGGUGACACUGGUAUCCAGGGACUGAAAGGAGAAAAAGGAAGACAAGGAAAUCCAGGCUUACAGGGAGUAGAAGGAUUGAGUGGAGAACGAGGAGAGAAAGGUGAGAAAGGAGAUCCGGGCAUUCGAGGCAUCAGUGGACAAAAAGGAGAAUCUGGUGUCCCGGGUUUGAUUGGACCUCCUGGCCUCAGAGGUCAGCCAGGAGAUAGAGGACCCCCAGGACCACCUGGAUCAGAUGGAAAACCUGCACGGGAAUUUUCAGAAGAGUUUAUUCGACAGGUGUGUUCAGAUGUACUGAGAACCCAGUUGCCUGCCAUUCUCCAGAGUGGAAGACUACAAAACUGUAACCAUUGUCAGUCCCAAAGUGCUCCCCCAGGACUUCCAGGCCCACCAGGUCCCAGAGGCCCUGAAGGCCCCAGAGGGUUUCCUGGCUUGCCAGGGAAUGACGGCGUUCCAGGGCUGAUGGGCAUGCCGGGUCGCCCUGGGGCUCGUGGGACAAGAGGACUGCCAGGGAAGAAUGGUGCAAAAGGCAACCAAGGAGUUGGUGUUCCUGGGAUCCAAGGCCCCCCAGGACCUCCAGGUCCUGAAGGUCCACCAGGGAUGAGUAAGGAAGGCCGUCCUGGAGAGCGUGGGCAGCCUGGUAAAGAUGGAGACCGUGGCACUCCAGGAAGGCCAGGACCAGUUGGACCCCCUGGAAUUUGUGACCCAUCACUGUGUUUUAGUGUAAUUGUGGGGAGAGAUCCAUUUAGAAAAGGACCAAAUUAUUAAUUUGUGAUAUGAUACUUUAGAGGAAUAGUUACGGUGCUUAUCUUUCAUGGUCUUUCAAAUCUCAGGAAGGUGACCAGCAAUAAUC